AUGGAGAGAGUGCAAGCUAUAAUCCAGCCGGAACACGACAAAAUCAGGAAGGAGCUUGAAGACCAGAUAUCCAAGAAGUGUUGCGAUCAUUGCAAGGACGAUCCGAAUCUAGAUCUUGUGGUGAUGCAGGAACAACACGAACGACACGCCGACGAAACCCAGGAAGAAUUCAGGACUGUCAGGAGGGAUCAAAGAUUGAUGAAUAUCAAACUCGAGACUUACAAAGCCAGCGUGGUUACACUUAGGAAGCGUCACGAUGAUCAACAGACAGAUUUCAAGAAUUUGCGGGCAGAUAUUCAGGAGCUGCAGAAUGAAGCCGAGGAGCUGUAUGAAGAUUGCGUCCAUUUAGUGUCAGGGUGGUUUCGCGAAGAACAUAGGAGGAGGCGAGAAGACAUCGACGAAACUCGAAACGAGAUUAUUGGUCACGACAAACAACUGAUCAGGAUGCAAAACGACGUUGCUGAAUACAACGAGAGAGUUACCCAGGCUGAGAACGAGGUUAUCGAAAGUCGUGAGCGACUCAACAAAGUUGCAGAAGGUUGUGCUGGACACGACCACCAUCUUGCGGAACACAGCCAGAAUCUCGCUCAACACCAUGAACGGCAUAGUGUACACGACGACCGACAUAACUUGCAUGAGGAACGACUAACUGGACAUGACACGCAACUGGUUGCAAAUAGCGAACGACUAGAUGAACACCAUGAACAACUUCUUAAACUCAGUGAACGAACUUCUGCUUACAACGACCGAACUGCUGAGCACGACGGGAACUGGACUGAGCUCAGUGCCUGGAAGCUUGAAAUGGAAAAGAGGGUCACCGAAGUUGAGAAACGAGGCAAUGAACGCAAGAAGUCAUACGACAAUCUCAAAGAACAACAUGCUGAGCAGCAAAAGCUCACGAAGCGUCUUGGUGACCAGGUCGAUGAUCUUCACGACAAACUAACUGAGGCGUGCGAAGCUCGGGAUGAGGCUGCGGAGCAAAACCAAGCCUACGUCGACUUGAUCACAAAAGAACGAACAGAAACCUCGAGACUUGAACAGAAAGUCGAAAAUGUCUUGGAAGAACAGCAGAAGAUGCAGCAAGACUAUCAAAAAUACCAGGCUCGUAUAGAAGCGACCUUGGUAGAGAAGUCUCGAGCAGAUUAUGUGAUGUUCCAGGCGCAAGCCCAGAAAAUCGAGGCUCUGGAGUCGCAAAAAUACACCCUGGUAUCGCUUGUCGAGCAACUUCAAACACGACUCGCACAUUUCAAACACAUUCCAAUGUGGACCAAGAGCAUCGAGCAAGAGAUAAGACUGUUCCAGAGGCAACUAGACCAGGACUUUAGACUGAGCCAAAGCCAACCAGUGCAGGCCCCGAACUUAGAGGCGCGGGUCCGGACGCUGGAACAGCAAUCAAUCAAGCAUGAUGGAUUGAAGGAUUGGCAAGCUCGUAUGGAGGUCUACUUCCAUGGAACCCGGGAUACAAUGUUCACCUGGGCUAGAGCUGAGCUCAAGGAACAUCAGUCAAGUCUUGUCUCUCAGAUUGAGUCCCUUAAAGCUCAAUCUGACUGCCAGGAGAACUACGUGAAAAUGAUGAACAAACGCUUGGAAGAUCAAGAUCUCAAGUUUCUGACACUGCGCGCCUUGUUAUUGAACAAGGCAAAUCGGCCUUCGAUUCACAUCGCAUCACCCUCUUCUGAAAAAGUCAUCGAAGGGCGACCUGAAGAUAAUGCUACAUGGAACUCAUCACCUACAGUUAUGAUGGCAGACGCAGACGUGGACCAGCAAGCAGAGGAAGAUGAAAUGCCUCAAGCGCUGAAUAAAACUUUUGCUGGCUCCGACGAAGAAGACUGCACUGCACAACCAGCAAUCGACAUUGAGCAGUCACGACCAGAUCCUUCAUCAGUCCUCUAUGAUCCUUGUUCAAGACACGUCUUCGGAAGAUCAAGCCCUGCUGUUGAAGAGCCUGCUCAGACACCAAGUUCUCCGCUUUCCUCGAUACGAUUUGACGUUAUAGGCGAAGCAGGAGAGAAUGCUGAGUCUGAUCAGGAAUACGCAAUGUCGGAGAUGUCUGUUCAUGAAGAAGAUGGCCAAUCUGAAGAAGAGGAGGAUUCUGCUAAUGAGUCUGAUGAAGACAAUGAUAAUCCGGUACAUGCGCAUACAUCCAUUCGCAUUCGCAAAGAUAGCUGGUCCGAGAGGGAAAUUCAGAUUGUGCGGGAUCUGAUGCAUGAACACGAAGAUCGGGAUACACCCAUGGCGGAGCGCUAUGGACUCUGCGUACGGAGACUCAGUGAGGAAGGCUUCAAACGAAGCUUGAACUCCUGUAAACAGCUUUGGUGCAUCAAACUUGCUCCUAACCGGCGCAGAAGUCAAUACUGGUCAGAGAGGGAGCUUCAAAUCGUGCGAGACACGAUGCGUGAAUUUGGAGAUCGGAGUACAACGAUGAGUACACCGAUGAAGGAGCGUUAUCUACUCUGCAAACAGAGACUUAAAGAACAAGGGUUCGAGAGAACCUAUCGCGCUUGUGUGAUGCUUUGGAGAAAAAAGUUUGUGACUGGUAAUCGACUUGACCUAGAAAACGCAAUCCCGGAGAUGUUGGUCAACGAAGAUCGCAGCCAAUCUGACCAAGAGGAGGAUUUUCCCAAGAGGUCCGAAGACGAAGGUAACGAAUCAGUCAACGUAUCUUCUGUGAGCCACGGAACUCGCUGGUCAGGGAAAGAGAUUGAAAUUGUGCUAGACACGAUGCAUGAAACCGAAACCCGAGAUAUGCUCAUGCCGGAACGUUAUAUACUCUGCCAGCAGAGACUCGCAGAGGAAGGCUUUAAAAGAUCUUACCAUGCCUGUAAAGCAGUUUGGCAACAAAAAUUGGCCCCUGUUGAUCGGCGUAGAGGUCCAACUUGGUCAAAGCAGGAGUUUGAAAUUCUGCAAGAUACCAUGAAGGAAUUAGCGGAUGAUAGUAGAUCAUACAGUGACCGCUAUCUGAUUUGCGAGAAGAGACUCGAAGAGAAAGGCUUCAAACGAUCAGCAUACGCCUGCAGAAAGCGCUACUACAAGCACGAAGAGCACGCGUGGACAGAGCAUCAGAUUCGUCUGCUAGGAAAAGCUUUUCAAGCCACCGGGGCCUACAUUCGAGAUUGCAGCGACCAACGCUUCAAAAGGAUCAGUGAGAUGCUGAAUAAUACAGGCGAGAUGGCUGUCCAUAUUACCACAAAGACCUGCAUGGAACAAUGGAAGAUUCAGGACGAAAUCUUGAAAUCCAACGGAGUGAGACCGUCAGUCCAUCCAAAGGAAAGGUCCUCAAUGACUUCAGUAGUCGAAGACAGCAACUUGGCCGAGAAGCUCAGUGCUGAUCAUACUGAACAAGCAUCAUAUCUUCUUGGACACCUAACGAGUGACUACGAUUUUGGACCCUCUCAAGAACUGCAGAAGCAAAAUUCUUUGUACAUCGAUCAGUCAGUACUUCGCAAUGCAGAACCCGAGGCGGAUAUAGCUUCUGUUACACCGAUUUCUGCUUGUCAAGGAACAGCGACGUCCCCUUCGAGAACCGAUACAUCAUCAAACGUUCCUACGCGGCAGAGUCAAGUUGUUGAACAGUCAUCAGAUGAUGGUCAAAAGACGCAGGUUAUAGCUGAACAAACUAUGAACGAGCAGGCCAUGAACGAUGACUCGGCCAGAAUUGCCGCUAUUCAUGCCACAACAGAGAGCGUUGCAGAACAGCAGAAGGUUAUCGAUUUACAAACCGAGCCCACUCUUCAGGAUCCAUCUCAGACGUCUGUAGCUAAAGUCAAUGUCGAGCCAGCAAACUCCAGGAGCUACGACUGGAUGCAAAUGCACUUAAAGCCUGAUCCUCCAGCACAGGGCCACGCUGCAGAUCCCGUACCAUCAGAAACGCCCGUAGACCGACCAAGUGGCGAUCAGGGAGACGCUUCUGAAAGCAUAUCCGCAGCUGAUCUGGCUGCUGCUGUAGCCGAUGAGAUUGCUGAACACUGCGAGGAAGCUACUACGGGCUGGGAACCCAUGGACAUUGGUUUCUGGAUUGCGGACAGCAACUAA